UCAUUAAUCUCUUAAUUGUUUCUUUCAGGAAGUGGUGAACUACUUUGCAGUAUGGUACAGCUACAUGUGAAGCGUGGCAAUGAAAGCCAGUUUCUUUUCAACACCACUGUGGACGCGCAGUUGGAUACGGCGAUUCAGCAAAUUACCGCCAUUUACAAUGGGAGACUAAAAGUGGACAGACUGUGUUCAGAGAUCCCAGAGCUUGCAGACCAUGGAAUCACACUGCCCCCCAACAUGCGGGGAAUGACAGAGGAACAGAUUGUGGACUUGAAGCUGAGAGAUGAAUGGGAAGACAAGUGUGUGCCCAGUGGAGGGACAAUAUUUAGGAAGGAUGAGAUUGGGAGGAGAAAUGGACAUGCUCCAAAUGAUAAAAUGAAAGAUGUGUUGAUGAAAACAGUGGAGGAGGCAAAGGCACUCAUUUCCAAAAAACAAGUUCAAGCUAAUGUUUGUGUCACAAUGGAGAUGGUAAAGGAAGCCCUAGAUCAGCUGAGGGGGGCAGUCAUGAUUGUGUACCCCAUGGGGCUGCCUCCUCAUGACCCUAUCAAUAUGGAGUUUGAGGACCGGGAAGACCUUUCAGGAACACAGGCCUACCUGCAGGUGAUCCCAGAGGAUGAGUGUCAGUUAUGGUGGGCUGCCAAAGAGAUGCAGAGGGGGAAGAAACUGCAGGACUACAUUGGUAAAAAUGAAAAAACGAAAAUUGUGGUCAAAAUUCAAAAGAAAGGGCAGGGGGCACCAGCAAGAGAGCCCCUGGUCACCGAUGAGCAGCAGAAACAGAUGAUGAUGCAUUACUACAGGAGGCAGGAGGAGCUCAAGAAACUAGAGGAGGCAGAUGAUGACAGCUACCUAGACUCAAAGUGGUCAGACAGACAGGCCCUCAAAAAACAGUUUCAAGGACUCGCCAACAUCAAAUGGGGACCAAGAUAAAGGCCAUCACACUCUGAUGCCUCUUUGGAGCUGCUGCUCUGACCUGUAUCCAGCUCGUUCAGACAUACAGUACGUUGGCCUUGUAUUUCUGGGUUUAUAGGUCAACAGCCUUUAGUUUUAACUAAGUUGAAAUGUGAAGAUGAUACUUGGUCACAAAGUAAGACAGAGGUGAUGAUGUCACACGGAGGUUGAUUGAUUGAAUUAUCUCCUUGUAUUCCUUCUGAUUGUUAUUGCCCUGUUGUGAAGUCACAUUUUCAAUGAUACUGUGUGCAAACAAAAUUAAAGAUUUACUGUUUUUAUUGUGUAAAA